UCAGACAGGACAGGACAGGAGCUGCCAUUGCUCAGAUUUGCCUUUUCUCUUUCUAGCAGCUCACCUUCAAGACAAGCAUGAGUUACAGGACUGUGGUGAUGUAUAUGGAGAUUGGCUGCUUUGUGGUCUGUGUAUCUGGAUGGAUCCUGGUGUGUUCCACCAUGCCCAUAGAGAUCUGGACUUGGUCUGAGGUGGACAGCAUUGUCUUGACUACUUCGAACUACUUCUCCAACCUGUGGAAGGAUUGCGUAUCGGAUUCAACUGGAGUAUCUGACUGCAAGGGAAUUCCAUCAAUGCUUGCCCUGAACUGGGACAUUCACAUGUGCCGUGCUCUCAUAAUCAUCUCCAUUAUCCUGUCUUUCUUUGGAUCAGUUCUGGUCUUAGUAGGAAUGAAGUGCACUAAGAUUGGAGGAUCAGAGAUUGUUAAUGCAAGAGUAACCUUUGCUGGGGGGAUGAACUACCUUAUCGGAGGGAUGUGUUCUAUGAUUGCUUUCUCUUAUUAUGGAAACAAAAUUAGAGCAGAAUUUCAAGACCCACACUUCAGGGCUCAGAAGUUUGAAAUAGGCGUUGGUGUCUUUAUCGGAUGGGGAGGCUCCACCUUACUUAUUGUUGGAGGCCUUAUUUACAGUAUCUUUGCAGGGAAUGAAGGCUGCCACUCGAGCUCAAAAAGAUUUCCCACCUACCAGUUCCCUGGCGCCUACACAGUUGUUCCAUCGAAAAAGAGCGUUGUGUCUUUGGCUCGUACAGAGUUUACCAAGAGCAGAAUUUCAGCCACUACCAGUGGCAGCACAGUCAGCAGCAUCUCUGGGAUCACCGCUACCACCAAGACGUCAGCUGCAAAUGAAUUUGUGUGACCUAUUUUUUAAAAUAUUCUGUGUUGCUGUUCCUUUUGACUUGUCACAGUAGGAAAAGCACAGAUGUUACUAAUAAUAUCAGCAAUGGCUUUGUUCUAUUCAGGUGUCCCAGUAAGCCAUAAAAGUGUGACAGUGAGCCAGCAUACAAAAUACAGGGACCCUAAAACUGGAGCAGCUAAAUGUAAUUCAGCCAUCAUUCAUUUUAUUAUUCACAUCUGUGGUUGUCCAUGUGUGACAUGUCUACUUUCUCCUGUGUAUGCAAGUUUUUUUUAGUUUUUUUAGGUGCACUGAAUGUUUUGUAUCAUUUACAAUUAGGCACUCCAGUGGACUCACGUCGAAUGCCUGUUUUGCUGAUAGACAUCAAAAGAAAUGAUUCAAUAAUGGUGAUACAAUAAAAUCAUGCUCAUGCAUCAAGAAAACAAACAUAAGAUUUUGUUUUUUGAAUGCAACUAUUUUGUUGAACACAUUUUGCUGUAUCAUAAAUUAUUGAACUAAUAACAGAGACAGACCUAAUGAUGACAACACCUUAUGUUGACUUAACAUGUGAGCUCUGCACACUGAAGGCUGUAUGUUGUAAUUCAUCAGAUGUUAUCAGAUAUUUUGAAAUUUGCAAUAAAUAUUUUAU